AAUGUCAAACCAAACGUCAAAAACACGUGUUUUUGUUUUGGUCACAGAGCACGGUUUUUGGUCGUGAUUUCGACUGAAAUUCUAAGUUUAAACAAUGAAUGUUGAAGAAAUAUUAACGAAAUCCAGCUUUUCGAUGCUGAAAAAUAAAAUUGAUAAUCGAAUUUUGAGUGCAUUAAAAAAUAUGGGUCUAGAAAAACCAACGCGAAUUCAAGCCGAAACUCUGCCACAUUUACUAUCGAACGAAGAUAUCAUUGGUGCUGCUAAAACUGGAAGUGGAAAAACUCUUGCUUUUCUUAUCCCAGUCAUCGAUAAACUCGUAAAACUGGGAUUUUCCAGGAAACACGGUGUGGGAUGUAUAAUUUUAUCUCCGACAAGAGAGUUAGCGUUACAGACUCACCAAGUUCUGAAAAAAGUACUCACAAACAUUGAUUUGUCUUGUUGUUUGAUUGUUGGUGGAGAGAAGAAAGCCAAAGAUAUCCUGUCUUUAAAGAAAGGUGUCAACAUUAUAGUGAGUACUCCAGGAAGAUUACUGGAUCAUUUACAGAAUACUGAAAACUUUAACUGCAACAAUCUAAAAUGCCUAGUUGUUGAUGAAGCUGACAAGUUGUUAGAGGCUGGUUUUGAAAAAGAAAUUACAGGAAUAAUAAAGUUGCUUCCAAGUAAAAGACAAACAAUAUUAUUUAGUGCCACAAUAGAUAGUAAUGUGAAAAACCUAGCAAGGUUGGCUAUGAAGAAUGAUCCAAUAAUUGUUUCUACCAAUGAUGAAAAACAAUCCACAGUGGCUGGUCUUCAACAAGGAUAUUGUGUUUGUCCAGUAGAAAGCCGAAUACCCUGGCUGUAUAAGAUGCUCAAGAAGGGACGGAAACUGAAAACAAUGGUUUUUUUUUCAUCGUGCAAAUCAGUUGAUUUCCAUUACGAAUUUUUCAACCUGCAUUGCAAGGCGUCGGUGUUAAGUAUACAUGGGAGACAAAGCCAGGCGCGAAGAAAAGAAGCAUACCAAAGUUUUGUGGAUGCCCAAAAUGGCGCACUGUUUUGCACGGACGUGGCCGCAAGAGGGCUGGACAUUCCUAGCGUAGACUGGAUAGUUCAGUACGAUCCUCCUACAGAUCCUAAGGAAUACAUCCACAGAGUUGGGAGGACCGCUAGAGGACUAAACAAUAAAGGAAACGCAGUUAUACUCCUGAGACCAGAAGAGGAAGAUUUUGUAAAUUACCUAAAAGAGGAGAAAGUGUAUUUGGACAAAUACAGUUUUGGCGAUCCCCCGGGAGAUGUUCAAGAAAUGCUUGAAGAUUUAGUGUCAACAAACGGAGUGGUAAAAACAUUAGCAAGAAAAGCUUACUUAUCCUUCUUGCGGUGUUACAAAACGCAUCCAAUGAAGAAUAUAUUCAAUAUCAAGACACUGGACUUGAAACUAGCUGCCAAAGCAUUUGGGUUUCUGGAGCAACCGCACGUCGAUUUUCUUAAAUCAUCAAAGAAACAUCAAAAGCUAGAUAAACCAGAUCCACUUUGAAGCGGCGUCUGGGAGUGUCAACGAAUUGGUUAUCUGCAAAAUGAGUUUUUCUAGAUAAUGUCAAUAAGAUGAUAAAUCACUGUGAUACAAUGCCGUUGCGAUAAUAAUAUUUGAUUGUAACAUUGUAAGCGCAUUUGAUAAUUAAUUUUAAUU